AUGCCUUCGUUAACAGCCUACACUCCAUACGAGACGCUUGUGUUUUGUCACUCCGUCGCCCGCCAUGGCUCGGACUCAGAAGCCUUUGAGAACAUCGCAAAUACACUAAAUGCCAAUGAACUCAUUCGCGAGAAUCAGACCUACGAUCAGACGCGACUGACGGCGUCCGCACUUCAAGGACUAUACCAGGAUUUGCUGGUGGAGGAAAAUGUCGCCGGGGUCCCUACGGUCAAUGGUGACAAUGUCAAUCCGCGCAAACGAAAGCUGUCGGCGUCCCCUCGAUCUGAAAAGGAUGAGCCGUCCGAAGAGAAAAUACUGCAAUCCCUGGUAGACAAGCUUUAUGCUCGCUUCAAGGAGCAAACCAUAAGAGAAAUCCGCGCGGAAGAGGAGGCUUACGCUGAAAUCAAGGCGGAGAUUGCCCAGCUGGAGAAAGAGGUUGAGGAUGAACAGCAAGCGCAGAGCAAGGCCGAAGCCGCCAAAGUCGAAGUCCAACCGCAGGUCAAGGAACUCGUCGAUGAAGACAGUGCGCCGACGGAGCCAGAGCCCCGGCCGAGCCCUGAUGCAGCUGCGGCUCAGCUACAUGCCAGCCUCGAUGCAAGUCGAGCCGAACAGGUUGCGCCGAAAGUCGAGGUGUCUCCGCCAAAUACCAGAGCAUCACCUUCUUCUACUCGAAGUGGUCUACAGCAACAUCCUGUGGUAACUUCGGCUUCUCCAGCACCGCCCACCCCCAGUGUCUCCUCAGCCGCACAGCCGGUGGAGUCUGCUCAAGUCAGACCCUCGCAGCAUUCAGGACAUCCUCAGCAUCGCUCGCCAUCAUCGUUCCAUCCUGCUCUUCCCACUCCAUCCCCUCAACGACCCAACUAUGCCUCGAUCAAUCCACAACAUUUCCAACCUGGGCCGCAAGGUCAUCCAGUACCAGUGCAACCCGGCAUGCAAGGAAUCCCUCAUAUGCCUCCACCGGCAGAAUAUCCAGGCCAAAAACGGGCGAGCUCUUCGUCUGGUCAGGGUAGAGGAUCACCGAUACCUAUGCCGCCUCAACAGCCAUAUCCACCAUAUGCGGGCUACCCACCGCCUCCGUGGCCGCAUCACAUUCCUCCACAGCAUCAAUAUCCUCAAUCGCCGUACGGGAAUCCACAAUAUUAUAUGCCAUCGCCGCCCGGAAGACCUGGAAUCCCAUAUCAAACACCACAUCAUCCCGCAUACCAACAAUAUCCCCAGAGUGCCCCGAUUCACUAUCAGGGUCAGCCGCCCCCGCCUCACGGUUGGCAUCCGCAGUCCGGACAACCAUAUUACAGCUAUCAUGGAUCUGCAAAUGUCACGCCCGUUCCUCGAAGCGACUCUAGGCGGCAGUUGUCGCGAGGCAGAUCUUCCACACCGUGGAAGAGACGUGCAGAUUUGUCAACACGCGCUCGUCAGCCUAGUCCUGUUCGACCAGAGAGAGAUGUCAGCCCUCUCACAGAUACAGAAACUCCUUCAAAUACAAAAGUCAGGAAAUCGCCCGAGAGAAAGGGGCAGAGGACAGGCCCAACACUAUUAUCAGCCCCCGAGGUCCCCUCAGCAAGAGGCAGACAGGCGACCAGUGCCACUUCAUCCGCGAUUGCUCAGUCCAGGUCUGAAUCAAUGGCAUCUUUUACAUCUGAUGUUCCUACAGAGAAGCGGAAGAGGGGACGUCCGCCUCAGAAAAUCAAGGCCGAACCUCCGAGUACACCUGCUCCUAUGCCAUCGGACAACGAACAGACUCAACAAACAUCUGGGCGAAUCGCCAAAUCUCAGUCUGGCGCUGCCACAUUGACGAACGAGCCGACUAGGACCACCAAGCGCAAACGCUCUCCGGAAAGAGAGUCUGCGACUCCUCCUUUACCGUCCCCAGCCCCCACUGCGAUACCGCACAGUACCCCACGUGAUUCUUCACUGGUUACUGUCUCCAAGAACUUUGCGAAAACUUCUCAACUGCUCCUCAACGAGAUUCUCUCGCAUAAGCUGGCGGGGAUAUUUGCCAAACCUUUGUCGGAGCGCGAUGCGCCAGGCUACAAGAGUCUGGUCCUUCGUCCCCAGGAUCUCAAGAGCAUCAAAGCUGCCAUCUCCAGAGGCGGGAAGGCUGCUUUGGCCGCAAUUGAGGCUUUGGAAAGUGACGGGGAGAGUGGCGAGGACAGCGACGCGAAGAUCACACCGGCCUCGGCGCCGGAUGCUCGGGAAGGCCACAUCGGCAAUGGGCUCUACCAAGUGAAAGUAUCGGAAGACUUGGUCCCGCCGCGAGGCAUCGUCAACUCGUCACAGCUCGAGAUGGAGUUGGUGAGGAUGUUCGCCAACGCGAUUAUGUUCAACCCUCUCCCCACCUCGGAACGGGGAUUCGGCCGGUCUCUUCGACUGAGGAAGGAUCAGGCAGACCUGGACUCGGACGAAGACACCAGCGACGACACUGCAUCCAGCGAACAAGGACAUGCGGCCGAGGAAGGCGGCAUCAUCUCGGACACCCGAGAAAUGUUCGACGAUGUCCUCGCCCAAAUCCGCAAAUGGCGCGAAGAUGUCGAGAGGCUGGGCGCCGACGAUACUGUUGCUGGUGGAGGGGGUGGUGCCGGCGGCGCGGGCUCCAAGCUCUUGCAGUCUUCCGGCUCGUUUGGCGCCCAACAACAUGGCAGUGCGAGUGCUAGUGUCAGGCACUCUAGCGUCGGAUCGGCUUUGAACGAGGAGGAGACAACCGCAGAGGUUUCGACGCCUGUUCCGACAACAGGAACGGCUAGAAAGCGAAGGCGGAUCGCAGAGACUUGA